AUGGAUGCUGGUAGGAUAAACGGGGUGCUUUUUCUUGAUUUAUGCAAAGCAUUCGACACAGUCGAUCAUGCCAUCCUCAUAAAAAAGUUAUCUAAUUACGGGAUACAAGACAAGGCACUAGAAUGGUUUAAAUCAUAUUUGUUUAACAGGGAACAAUACUGUAAGGUAAAUAGAGCAACAUCGUCCCCUCGGAAGUUAAAUUGCGGGGUUCCACAGGGGUCAAACCUUGGCCCUCUUUUAUUUUUGAUAUAUGUCAAUGAUCUUCCAAACUGUUUGGAAAAUUCACAUGCCGCAAUGUAUGCUGAUGACACAAAUAUAACUGUUGGUUCAGAUGGUCUUAAUAAUUUGGAAAAAACCCUCAAUCAUGAAAUGAGCAAUAUUCAUCAAUGGCUCGUCUCAAACAAAUUAACAUUAAACGUAGAAAAAACAGAGUAUAUGGUCAUUGGAACUCACAAAAGAUUGAGUAGAUUUUCGCAAGAUAUCACAGUGUCCAUUGAUGGCAAAGUAAUUAAACAA